AAAAAUAUUCGUGAUAUGACGCUAGAAGAUAAAAACAUGGAUUCAAAUAGAGAACCAUUAUUUGAAAAUAAAAAAAGCGUGCAAAUUAAAUUAUAUAAGCGUAGAUUUUUGAUAUUGGCUAUAUUCACCUUAUAUUCCAUGAUUAAUGCAUUCCAAUGGAUAGAGUAUUCAAUUAUAACAAACAUUAUAUCUAAAUUUUAUGGCAAAUCUGCUCGUCAAGUAGAUUGGCUAUCAAUGAUAUACAUGGCAGUUUACAUACCAUUUAUAAUUCCAGCAUCCUGGCUACUUAAUGCAAGGGGUCUAAAAGAAACUGCAAUUUUAGGAGGGUUUCUUAAUGCAUUAGGAGCCUGGAUCAAGUGUGCCAGUAUUAGGAGUGAUUUAUUUUGGGUUACAAUGUUGGGACAGAUUCUAUGUGCUAUCGCUCAGUUAUUUAUUCUUAACAUACCAUCAAAACUCGCUUCCACUUGGUUUGGACCCAAAGAAUUGGCAACUGCUUGUUCUAUUGGAGUAUUUGGGAACCAAGUCGGAGUGGCGUUAGGUUUUUUACUGCCCCCAAUCUUAGUUCCGAACACGACCAUUCCCGAGAUUGCCGAGGGGCUCAAAAAGGUUUUCUAUUCUGUCGCGAUAGUAUCUACCAUCAUAUUAGCACUCAUUAUAUUCGUUUACCAAAAAAAUCCAAAACACCCGCCUUCCCCAUCCGAAAUGGUUUUGGGUACCCACGACGACUACAAGGAUAUCAGCUUUAAGAGUUCGCUAUAUUCGAUGUUCAAAAGCCGAAAUUUUAUAUUGUUGUUCUUUACUUACGGUAUUAUCACUGGCAAUUAUUACGCCAUAUCUACUCUCCUAAAUCAAAUCGUGCUUCACUACUUUCCGAACCAAGAAUUGAACGUCGGCAGGAUAGGUUUGACAAUGAUAAUAACGGGGCUGAUUGGCGCAGUCGUAGCUGGGGUAUGGUUGGACCGGACGAAAGCUUUUAAGUCCACAACGUUACUUAUAUACGCCUGCACGCUGGUUUUCACCGUCAUUUUUACCUUCACUCUUAAGCUCAAGCAUCUAUGGAUAGUCUUUUUGAACAUCGGAUUUCUAGGAUUUUUUAUGAACGGUUAUUUGCCUGUUGGAUUCGAAUUUGCAGCCGAAAUCACUUAUCCACAUUCAGCCGGCAUAUCUUCGGGUCUUUUAAACGCGUCAGCCCAAAUUUUCGGUAUAAUAUUCACAUUGGGAAUGGGUGAAUUGAGUGACUCUAUAUCGGUUUAUGCCGCCAAUAUAUUACUUUGCGUUUCGCUGCUUUUCGGAGCUUUGUUAACUAUUGGGAUACGUUCUGAAUUAAAACGGGAGCAUAUAAAUAUAUCUCACAACCAAGCGCAAAACGGGAAUGUCGAUUUCAUAGAUAUGAAGAGCAACGUAAAUAAUAAUAUUAAUGAUCAUAAGAAUUCACCUAAAAGUAACGAAGUCAAUUUAAAUAUGAUGCCCAAGCAAAACGGCAGCACGGAUCCCGAAUUAGAUAAGGGUGCUGAACCAUCAUCCCCUUUCCUGAAUGGUGAAUCGAAAGAUAAAUGAUUACGAUAUUUUAAAUUAUAUAAAAUGUUUUAUUUUUUUAAAUCAAUAUUAACAAAGAUGCAAAUAAAAACAAAUUUUCCAAUUUACUUGACGAUCUUAUUUUUAUACGUUUAAAUAUUGUGCAUAGUGAAUAUUUAUAAUAACAGCCAAAUUGUUUAUUAAAAAAUUUUUUGUCGUUUAUUAUAUAUGAUUUAACAUGUAUAAACAUUUAUAUCUUGUAAAAAUUACCUAUAUUUACCAUUAAAUCAUUUUCCAAUUUUUUUUAUCUAAAUUUUAUUUUACAAUUUUAUUGUUAUUUGUAUUUGUAUAAAGUUAUAGUUUUAUACUAAAUCAUCAAUCUCAACUGACCUUCCAAAUUUUUUUCCAAAUAGAAAAUUUAGUUUUUAUUUUUAAAUGUUUUUUUUUUUAAAAAAAAAUAGUAUUAUUAUUUUAGAUUAGUAUUUUCGAAAUAAAAUUUUUUUUAUUCUGAUGAAAACAUUUUUAGCUUUAUUAUUUUGAUGAAGAGAAUAAAUGUUUUAUAUAUGUUAUAUAUUAAGAAAUUAAAUUAAAGAUUUUUUUAAAAAUUAGGUCCUUAUUUAUAAUUUUUAUUCAAUAUCAGCCAUACCAAUAAAUGACAUUAGAACAUGAAUUAUAUAAUUGAUAAUCAAGAUAUAUACAAAACUAUUUUAUAUUGUAUUUAAUUUAUUAUUUUAAAUAUUUUACGAAUUCCACGAUUAAUGCAAAUAAAAUAUUUAGUUAGUAACUACGAAAUUAAUUUUUUAAGCGCUACU